UAGCCUGCUCAAUCUCUACUUUAUUUAUAUCUCUCUCUCCCUUCAUUCAAUUAAUCUCUUUCUACAGUUACCAAUGCAUCAUGAAUUUGAAGUGGUUUGUGUUUGUAUUCCUCUGCUUUAUUGGACAAUCUUCACAAGAGCAGAGAGAAGCUAAUGAGGUGAAAAUUGGAGCCAUCUUUUCGUUUGGCACCACAAACGGCAAAGUUGCCAGAAUCGCCAUGGAAGCUGCUGUUCAAGACGUCAAUUCUGAUCCCUCUCUUCUCGGUGGAAGAAAACUUGCUCUCACCCUGCAUGAUUCAAACUACAGCGGAUUCUUAGGGAUCAUUGGAGCAUUACAAUUCAUGGAGACCGAUACUGUAGCUGUAAUUGGCCCUCAAAGUUCUGUAAUGGCCCACGUACUCUCUCACCUUGUCAACGAACUCCAUGUCCCCCUACUAUCUUUCACAGCAUUGGACCCGACACUAUCACCUCUUCAGUACCCCUAUUUCAUUCAGACCGCUCCCAACGAUCUUCUUCUAAUGACUGCCGUAGCAGAUAUGAUUAGUUAUUUUCAAUACAGAGAGGUUGUUGCUAUUUUCUCAGACGAUGAUCAAGGUAAAAAUAGUAUUACCGCUCUAGGUGAUAAACUUGCUGAGAGGCUCUGUAAGAUAUCUUACAAGGCAAUACUUCCCCCUGAACCUAUAUCUAGUUAUGACCUGAUCGUGGACCAGUUGGUUAAGGUCACAUCAAUGGAAUCUCGAGUUAUUGUUCUACAUACACUAUCCAUAACAGGUCUCAAGGUCUUUGAGGUUGCCCAUGAGCUUGGCAUGAUGACUAGUGAAUAUGUUUGGAUAGCUACUUCUUGGCUUUCCAGUACCCUCGAUUCAAUUUCUGUUUCACCAAAGGUGGCUGCCUCCAUACAAGGUGCUCUCACCUUUCGCUCCCAUACACCUGAUUCCCCAAAGAAGAGGGCUUUUUCAUCAAGGUGGAACAAGUUGAGCAAUGGCUCCAUAGCUUUGAAUGUUUAUGGUCUAUAUGCCUACGAUACUGUUUGGAUGAUUGCCCAUGCAGUCAAAGAGUUUUUCGAUCAUGGAGGCAAAAUCACUUACUCCAAUGAUUCCAAUUUGAACAGUUUUGCUGGAAAGACGAUGAAUCUUGCUGCUCUCAGCAUAUUUGAUGGUGGUAACCAACUGCUUAGUAACAUAUUAAAGACCAAUAUGACUGGGGUAAGUGGUCCCAUUUCAUUUAACCCAGAUAGAUCCAUGCCCCGUCCCUCAUUUGAUGUUCUCAAUGUAGUUGGCAAAGGAUUGUUGAGGCAAAUAGGAUACUGGUGUAACUACUCUGGGCUAUCCGUUGUGCCUCCGGAGUCUCUUUAUGCCAAACCAGCAAACAGGUCAAGUUCAACUCAACGGUUGGAUCAGGUAAUAUGGCCAGGGCAAACUACAAAAAGACCGCGUGGAUGGAUAUUUCCAGACAAUGGUAGGCCAUUAAGGAUUGGAGUCCCAAGGAGAGUGAGCUACAAAGCUUUUGUUUCAGAAGAAGAAGGAAGUGGAGUGGUCCAUGGAUACAGCAUAGAUGUCUUUCUUGCAGCCUUAAAGUGUCUUCCAUACCCCGUGCCACAUAAAUUCAUCAUGUUUGGCGAUGGACACAAAAACCCAAGCUACAGUCAGUUGGUAAACAUGAUUACAGUCGAUGUAUUUGAUGCUGCUGUGGGUGACAUUACAAUUGUAACGAACCGCACAAAGAUUUUGGAUUUUAGUCAACCAUACGCUGAUUCGGGGUUAGUGGUGGUGGUACAUGUGAAGAAGAUAAGAUCGAUAGCUUGGGCUUUCCUGCGGCCAUUUACUCCACUGACGUGGGGAGUCAUAGCCGCUUUUUGCCUUGUUGUGGGAGCCGUAGUGUGGAUACUAGAACACAAAUAUAAUGAUGAAUUUCGUGGCCCACCUAAGAAGCAGAUGGUCACAAUUUUAUGGUUUAGUUUCUCAACUGUUUUUGGAGCCCCAAGAGAAAACACAGUGAGCACAUUGGGUCGAAUCGUACUGCUUAUAUGGCUAUUCGUAAUCUUGAUAAUUACGUCGAGCUAUACCGCAAGCUUGACAUCGUUUCUAACGGUUCAACAACUCUCCUCAUCUAUACAAGGAAUUGAAUCAUUGGUAACAAGCAAUGACGCAAUUGGGUACCAGGUAGGCUCUUUUGCUGAGAACUACUUAUUUGAAGAAGUUAACAUUGCAAAGUCUAGGCUUGUUCCUCUUGGAUCACCAGAAGAAUAUGCUGAUGCCCUUGAACAAGGAAGAGUUGCUGCUGUGGUUGAUGAACGUCCAUAUGUGGAUCUAUUUUUAUCAACUUACUGCGGGUUCCAAAAAGUUGGCCCAGAGUUCACCAAAAGUGGAUGGGGAUUUGCAUUUCCGAGAGACUCCCCCUUAGCCAUUGACAUGUCAACGGCAAUCUUGCAAUUGUCUGAGAAUGGAGAGCUAGAGAAGAUCCGCAAGAAGUGGUUAAACAGAAAAGUCUGUGGAGGGCAGAGCUCUGCAGCAGAUUCAGAGCAGCUUCCAUUAAAGAGCUUUUGGGGUUUAUUCCUCAUUUCUGGAGUUACCUGCUGUUUUGCUCUGCUUGUAUAUUUCUGCUUGAUGUUGCACCAGUUCAAACGACAUUUUCCUGAAUUAAUGCAGCUUUCUACUGCUAGUAGAACUAAAAUAUCACAUUCGAUAAGGCUUAAAAAGUUCUUAUCUUUUGUGGACGAGAAGGCAGAGAUAUCUGCAAAUAGGUUGAAAAGAAAGCGGAUGGAAAUGGAAAACCCUUAAUUCCAUUAGCUAAUUGCAAUGAUCAUUGAAGCUUGAAAUGAAAAGAGAGACUGGAACAGUUCUCAUUUCGAUUCUUGUACAUUCAAAUUAUUUUUUUUUUUAUCAUGUAACAACAGAUAGUGUAGAGAACAUCUAGUGUUUGAAGAAUUACCCAAUAACUUAGUAGCUUAAUACAAUAAGAUGUUAAGUUUUGGGCUAUUGAGGUACAACUCCAGAAGAACAUGGAUGAAUGAUGUUACCCAGAGGGAGAAUGCAAUAUUGUGUAUGGACCAAAUUGUUACACCCAUAGGGUUGCCAAAGGGUUAGUUAGUAGAGCUCGUUUUGGUCUACUCUCAGUAUGACCCUUAACACUGAAUGUUUUCCCAAAUUUGUAAAGGGAACUGAGAGGAAAAAGUUAUAUUUAACAGAGGAAAAAAUUUGAAGGCACCAUACCUGGCACUUUAGCAAGCUCAGAAACCAUACUUUUCGGAGUUAGGAUUGGACUUGUUCACAGGGAUGAUAGGGACCUUCCUCCCCUCUUUCUCACAAAAACACCAAUCAACAUUUCAGCUUGAGUUGGUGCACAAAUUUUAGCAGAUGGUUAAAAAAUCAUCUUGUUUAAAAUGUUUGUUAUCUAUGAGUAAUUGGUUUGGUUAAUGUAACAAAUAAAUCAUGAUUACCACUAUAUAUAAAGAGAGAAAUAUUGAAGGUAUAAGAAAUGAGUAAAUAUCUUAUCUUGUGGGAGAGAAACAAAAUAUAGAGAAUUUGAUAAAAGAAAAGAGUUU